AUGACCAAGUUUUUAACCAACGUUAUUAAAAUCAAUAAAGUUGAUAGUUAUUUACACCACACAGCCAAGCUUCCAACAUCUUCCAUCACAGACUACCAAAGCUCUCCGUCGAAUAACGUACCCCUAGAUAUCCAGAAUCCAGCUUCACGAAGCUCAUGCCUUGGUUCCAAUGCAACAAGCCUUUUAAACCUCAAUUGUUUAAACACCGGCAGAACGAACUUCACCAAUAAACAAUUAACAGAACUAGAGAAGGAAUUUCACUUUAAUAAAUAUCUAACGCGAGCGCGGAGGAUCGAAAUAGCUUCAGCCCUUCAGUUAAACGAAACGCAAGUUAAGAUAUGGUUCCAAAAUAGAAGAAUGAAGCAGAAGAAAAGGAUGAAAGAGGGACUGAUACCUCCUGAGCCCACUGUUGGUACAGGAAGUAACAGUAACUCUCCCACAUCUGUCAAUGCUUUACAAAAUGAGUCAGUUGCUGGUAGCAACGAAAAUAGUCGAGAAUCAAAUUGAUUUGGUUUAGUUUUUACAAAAGGAAUUGCAGUAUUUGAACAAAUUAGUUGAAAACCAAAGUAAAUGUUCCUUGCCUUUGUUAUUUUUAAAUGUAUUUUUUGACUUGAGAAAAAAAAUGGGUAGAAUAAAUGAUCAUCAAUAUACAUUUA